CAGCCAACCAGUGUGGAGGGAGGAGGGAGGUCGUGAGUCGGCACCGAGCUGCGGGCAGUAUCGUGGCGGUGGUGGGCGCUGGCGUGGACUCGUGGACUCGACCCUGUGAAUUGCUCCAAAAUGGCCUUGCCACUGAGUGCUAGAGAGAUUCGCCAGAAAUUUAUUAAUUUCUUUAAACAACACAGCCAUGAGUAUGUGCACUCCUCAGCAACUAUUCCUCUUGAUGACCCCACUCUUCUCUUUGCAAAUGCUGGCAUGAAUCAGUUUAAACCAAUCUUCUUGAACACCAUCGAUCCAUCCCACCCAAUGGCAAAAUUAUUAAGAGCUACAAAUACUCAGAAAUGUAUACGGGCUGGAGGAAAGCACAAUGACCUGGAUGAUGUGGGAAAGGAUGUUUAUCAUCAUACUUUUUUUGAAAUGUUGGGUUCUUGGUCCUUUGGUGAUUACUUCAAGGAACUGGCUUGCAAAAUGGCCUUGGAACUGUUGACGGAAGAGUUUGGAAUCUCCAUCGACAGGCUUUACGUGACUUACUUUGGAGGGGAUGAAAGAGCUGGGCUGGAGCCAGAUCUUGAAUGCAAGCAGGUCUGGACAAACCUAGGAAUGGCAGAAGAAAGGAUUCUGCCAGGCAGCAUGAAGGAUAACUUCUGGGAGAUGGGUGACACCGGCCCUUGCGGCCCAUGCAGUGAGAUACAUUACGAUCGUAUUGGAGGACGUGAUGCUGCUCACCUGGUCAACAUGGAUGACCCUAAUGUUCUGGAGGUCUGGAAUCUUGUGUUCAUUCAAUUCAACAGAGAGAGCGAUGGCAGUCUGAAACCCCUGGCCAAGAAGAGCAUUGAUACUGGAAUGGGUUUUGAGCGGCUAGUAUCAGUACUACAAGGCAAGAUGUCAAAUUAUGACACAGACUUAUUUUUGCCUUAUUUUGAAGCAAUUCAGAAAGGAACUGGUAUCAGGCCGUAUACAGGGAAGGUGGGAGCUGAAGAUGUUGAUGGAAUUGACAUGGCAUACAGAGUGCUGGCAGAUCAUGCACGGACGAUAACAAUUGCAUUGUCUGAUGGAGGCAGACCAGAUAAUACUGGUCGAGGGUAUGUUUUGAGGCGGAUUUUACGAAGAGCAGUACGAUACUCCCAUGAAAAGUUGAAUGCAUCAAAGGGAUUCUUUGCAUCUCUGGUUGACGUGGUGGUAGAAUCUUUGGGAGAUGCAUUCCCAGAGCUUAAAAAAGAUCCAGAUAUGUUGAAGGAUAUUAUUAAUGAAGAGGAGGAGCAGUUCUUGAAAACACUAAACAGGGGGAGGCGGAUCCUUGAGCGGAAGAUCCAGAGCUUGACUGAUAAUAAAAUCAUACCAGGUGAUACAGCUUGGUUGCUUUAUGACACCUAUGGAUUUCCUGUGGAUUUAACGGGACUGAUCGCUGAAGAGAAGGGACUCCGUGUAGACCUGGAGGGCUUUGAGGAAGAGAAAAAAACUGCUCAACUGAAAUCUCAAGGGAAGGGUGCGGGUGAUGAUGAUCACAUCAUGCUAGACAUCUAUGCAAUUGAUGACUUGCGUGCUAAAGGGUUGGAAGUCUCUGAUGAUUCACCGAAGUACAACUACAAGUCAGAUGACAGUGGAAACUAUGCUUUUGAGUCUAUAGAGGCCACGGUGAAAGCGAUCCGUAGGGAGAAAAUGUUCGUGGAGGAGGUGAAAACGGGUCAGGAUUGUGGUGUGUUGCUUGAUGCCACCUGCUUCUAUGCUGAACAAGGUGGACAAAUUUAUGAUGAGGGCUACUUGAUAAAAGAAGAUGACAGCAGUGAAGAUAAAACUGAGUUCACAGUGAAAAAUGUACAGGUACGAGGCGGUUAUAUCCUACACAUCGGAACAGUUUAUGGACAUCUCAAAGUAGGAGAUAAAGUUCAUCUGUACAUAGAUGAGACCAGGAGACGAACUGUCAUGAGUAACCACACCAGCACCCACAUGCUGAACUUUGCCCUGCGGUCUGUGCUGGGUGAGGCUGACCAGCGAGGUUCUCUGGUGGCACCAGACAGGCUCCGCUUUGACUUCACAGCCAAAGGAGCUAUGAGCACGCAGGAGAUAAAAAGAUGUGAAGAGAUAACAAACAAAAUGAUUCAAGAUGCCAAGCCAAUUUAUGCCAUGAAUGCUCCCCUUGUUGCUGCCAAAGCUAUUCAGGGACUUCGUGCUGUAUUUGAUGAGACGUAUCCUGACCCAGUACGAGUGGUGUCCGUGGGAAUUCCAGUGGAAGAUAUGGUAGCUGACCCAUCGGGACCAGCGGGCUCUGUCACUUCAGUGGAAUUUUGUGGUGGAACGCAUCUGCAGAACUCUCGUCAUGCUGGUCCUUUUGUGAUUGUGUCAGAAGAAGCUAUCGCUAAGGGUAUCAGGAGAAUAGUUGCAGUCACAGGGUUUGAGGCACAAAAGGCUCUAAGAAAGUCAGAUGCUCUCCAGAAAUCUCUUGAUGCACUCCAGUCAAAGGUCCAAGUUCAAACUACCCCCAGUAAAGAGAUCCAGAAAGAAAUUGCUGACCUUACAGAGAUGAUUGGCACUGCAGUCAUCCCCCAGUGGCAGAAGGAUGAACUGAGAGACAAGCUGAAGUCACUGAAGAAAACUAUGGACGACCUGGACAGAGCCGGGAAAGCAGAGCUGCUGAAGAAGGUUCGGGAGAAGACCAAGCAGUUCAUAGACACUAAUCCAAACCAGCCUCUGGUGGUAAUGGAAAUGGAACCAGGGGCACCAGCCAAGGCACUGAACGAAUCUCUAAAGCUGUUUAAGACGCACUCGCCUCAGACGGCAGCAAUGUUGUUUGCUGUAGAUAAGGAUGCAGGAACAAUCACGUGCUUGUGCCAAGUGCCCCAGGAAACUGUAAGCAAGGGUUUGAAAGCCAGUGAUUGGAUUGGUCACAUAUCAGAAUUACUGGAUGGAAGAGGAGGAGGAAAAGACGUGUCUGCUCAAGCCACAGGGAAAAACAUCAACAGCCUUGAAAAAGCACUGAAGCUGGCAACUGAAUUUGCUAAACUUAAAAUAGGAGACCUCAAAAACUAACAAGAAAAUAGUUGAAUAACUUGAAAGACUGUAAUGGUGUGGGGAUGGGUCUGGCUCCUGUGAUGGCUGAAUGCUCCACUGUCCACUAGCUAACGUAAAACAAAGUUGCCAACUGAUAAAGAAAAAUUAAUGUCUCAGAUUCGUUAAACAGCUUUUAAGCGACUAAUCAUCUUUGUCAAACCUCUGUAAAUGUCUGACAUUGAUCAGUAAGUCUAAAUAAAAUGAAUAGUUGUGAAAAUUUGUUUUAUUUUUUAAAUGGUCGUAAUUUAUUUAUAAUAAAGAUUUGCAAUUUAAGGACACAAGAUGAAGGAGCAGCCCUUUGAGUCUGCUCCACCAUUCCAUCGUAGCUGAUUUAUUAACCAUCUCAACUCAUUCUCCUGCCUUUUCCCUGUAACCUUUGACACCCUGACUAAUCAAGAAUCUAUCAACCUCCACUUUAAAUAUACAAUGUCUUGGCCUCCACAACGGUCUGUGGCACUGUUAUAAUUCCUCACACAACUUAACUGCAGCCUCAAUACUUCUGCUUGCUGUGAUGUAGAAUUUGCAUAUUUGCCCAUUUACAUCAAUGUGAUAAUAACCUUUUCUUUCCAGUGAUUUUUGAUUGAGCAGAUAUCUUUUCAACUUUAAAAUGGUGUCAGUGCAAGUUCAGACAUCUCCACCUGAGAAAACAUAUGACUUCAGUUAAUGUCUGACCAAGACAUAGGCUCCCCAUGCAGCACUAUGAACCUAACCUAGAUAUUUAUUCAUGCGUCUCUAAUGUGGCUCAAACCCAUAACCUUCUAACUAAGUGUUUACCGAUUGAGCCACAAAAAAAAUGCAGUUCAAAACAUUGUAUGUAUUUCAAAUGUCAUGUCUGAACUAAUUGUUCUUAGCUUCAGAAUUAGCUGCUGUUUGUAAUAAAACCUCAUA